CAUAAAACAUUUUCUUUUAUUUGUUGUAACCAUUGCGAGGACGCUUGUAAUUACGAUUUGCGUUAUUGCGAUGCGCUGUUUUCGUCCGAUGCGCAGCUCCUGGCAGUACCAUUUCGUUGGCCAGAAUUCAGAUAUAAGACCCGGAGAUAAGCGGAAGUACUAAAUUCAAAAACAGCAAAACAUAAAUACAGGAAAGCAACUUUUUGUUUGGACGCGCAUGCAUAAAUUAAAACCGAAAUGGAAAUAAGUUAAGAGAGCCCUGAAAUAAACACAAAAGCACGGAACCUGAGCAACAAACCAGUGAUAUAAUAGUAAUCUACAGAGAAACCAACCAUUAAUCCACAUUAUCUUGUAAAACCGAACUCACUUAAGCCUUUCGCCAAGAUGGCCGUGCAGCUGAAGCAGAGCUACCACCACCUGCCCCUCACGAUCACUCCGAUUUUCCAUCAUCCAUCGCAGCAGCAGGAGCAGCAUCAGAACAUCCUGCAGCCGGCACCCAAUCCUCCCCAGCCGCAGCCACCGGAUCUCACCUUCCACUGCAUGUGCUGUGCUGAGUUCUUCGUGCAUCCGCUGGCUCUCUAUCAGCACAUGAACACCCUGCAUCCGAACGAGCCGACUAACAGGGAAAAGGAUCCGGAGAGUCCGGGCGACGAGGGCGAGGACUACAGCUGGAUCUUCGAGCCGGUAUGUGAGCUGGCGGAGGACGGCAGCGACUCCUCGGAGGGCAGUGACUCCUCCGGGUCGGAUAGUUCCUCCUCCUCGGACGACGACGACGACGACAACAGCUCCAGUUCGAGUUCCAGCAACUCCAGCUCAUCCGGCAGCUCGAUGCCCACUUCUGGUAACUCGAAUACCCAUCAGAGCCAGGAGAAUAUGCAGCCCAUGCGGGGCUUAGUAGCGGGACCAGGCUUGAAUGAAUACCAGCUGCAGAUGGCCGAUCCUCGGGAGUCCACCUCCAUUAUCAUGCUGCAGCCCAGCAUGAGCUUCACCCCGCUGCAGCAGCAAACACCACCGGCACCCACUCACCCCUUGGCCUUCUCCCUGGACGCCGUGCCCAUCAAGCGGCGGCGAGGAAGGCGCAGCAAUGUCCAGCUGCCGCCGAUGGAUCCCGCGCUGAACGGCAACCAGAAGUGCUUCCAGUGCACCCACUGCGAGGCGAGCUUUCCCAACGCCGGCGAUCUGUCGAAGCACGUGCGCUCGCACAUCACCAACAAGCCGUUCCAGUGCUCCAUCUGCCAGAAGACCUUCACGCACAUCGGCAGCCUGAACACGCACAUCCGGAUCCACAGCGGCGAGAAGCCCUACAAGUGCGAGCUCUGCCCGAAGGCCUUCACGCAGUCGAGCAGCCUGAUGGUGCACAUGCGCUCGCACUCGGUGCGCAAGCCGCACCAGUGCCUGGAGUGCGACAAGGGGUUCAUCAACUACAGCUCGCUGCUGCUGCACCAGAAGAGCCACGCGGCGCCCACGGAGACGUUCACCUGCCCGGAGUGCGAGCGGGAGUUCAAGGCGGAGGCGCUGCUCGACGAGCACAUGCGCAUGCACACGCAGGAGCUGGUCUACCAGUGCGCCAUCUGCCGCGAGGCGUUCCGCGCCAGCUCGGAGCUGGUGCAGCACAUGAAGAACCACAUGGGCGAGAAGCCCUUCACCUGCUCCCUCUGCGAUCGCUCCUUCACGCAGUCGGGCAGCCUGAACAUCCACAUGCGCAUCCACACCGGCGAGAAGCCGUUCCAGUGCAAGCUCUGCGACAAGUGCUUCACCCAGGCCUCCAGCCUGAGUGUCCACAUGAAGAUCCACGCCGGCGAGAAGCCCUUCCCGUGCCCCAUCUGCGGCAAGUCCUACAGCCAGCAGGCGUACCUCAACAAGCACAUCCAGGCGCACCAGGCGACUGCAUCCGCGGUCCCCGCUUCCUGCGCGCCCGGCUUGUCCGUCGCCAAGCAGCCACACGAGACGCUGGUCUGCAUUGUCUGCGGCUCGCUGCACGCGGAUGCCACUGCGCUGGCCAACCAUGUGACCAGCCAGCAUGCUGCUCUUUUGAAUACGAUGAAGCAAUCUGCUCCGGAAGGAGUGCUUCCCGAGGGCAAGUGCAGCGUGGAGGAGCAGCAGGCCUACAUGCAGCGGGUGCAGACCGUCCUGCAGCAGAUGAACCAGCAGCAACAGCAGCAGCAGCAGAUGCUCAUCCCACAGCAGCCGACGAUGCCGGCGAUGGAUUCCACCGGGGAGGAUGAGGAGGAACCGGACGAGGCAGAGGAACCACCUGACGAGGAGGAGGAGGAGGAGGACGACGAGGAGACGCCGGAGGAGGAGGCUCAAGUGCAGGAGGCCGAGGUGCCCUUCGCCAACCAGAACUAUCCCAUGCUCGGUCUGCAGGAGGAGCAGAUCCUGCUGCACUCCGACAUGUAUUACGAGGAUUUCGCCGACAUGGACGUCGGCUGCCAGGAGGAGGUGUUCGGCGACUACGUCGUCAACGAGGAGGAGGUCUACACCGAGGAGCUCAUUUAGAUUUAAGUACUGAGGUUGGCCAUAUUUUACGAGAGCGAUUCAUAUUUACACUGGAUAGGCACGGCAGUUCUUAAAUAGUUUACGGAACUCAUAGUUUAUGCGGCCUUCCUACCAAUUUUUUUUUUUUUGUAUUGUCCUUGUUUGGUAACCGAAGAAGUCGUGAAGUAUUUACAAGAUAGUAUUUAAUAGUUUACUGGUAUACAACAAACAUUAAUCGGGAAUGUUCCAAGAGAUCGCAACUAAAUUGGUUUACCAUUGUGAAAAUAUUUAAAAUCCUGGCGAAACAAAAGUCACUUUAAUCUUUUGCCGACAACCUCCAGAAUCUAUAUUUUUUGUGUAAUCAAAAGUUACGAUUAGGAGCAUUCCUAUUACAAGUUGUUCAACAUUUCCAGUAAUUUCUCCCUCAUAUCACAAGAAGCCCACACGACUAGAGGAUCAUCCAGGAAAUGGACGUAUUGUAUUUGCACAUUAUCUUUUAAAGAUAUUACAUUUGUUAGUAUUAAGCUCUACUUUAUGCUGCUCAUUUUACAUCCCAAAGGUUUUCCCUUGCCCCUGUUGGAGUCAAAAGGAUUCCAACUAUUCCACGUCGCGUAUUUCCCAAAAUCGCCUGAAGAGAUUACAUUAAUCGUUAUAUUUAAA